AUGGAAAGCUUCUCAAACGUGCCCUGCAUGAUGUGUAAGACGGCUGGUGGCGACCAGGACAAAGGCAGUCGAGCAGCCGAAGGGCUGGGGCAGGUUGACGGCGAUGCAGCCAGCACUGGAUGGAGACGACAUGAGGCGUUCGUGCGUGGACCACCAGCAAAGCCUCAGCACGCAUCACUCACGCAGCAAGGCAGGCUGGCUCCUACGUCUGCUGGCGAGGCGGGUCCAGCGUGGGUUAGAGACGGCACCGGCCGUUCUUCGGUCGUUGACGUAGGACGCACGCGUGAAGGCGUGGAGAAGGCACGACACGACGCUGGGCUUCUGGAAGGCGUGGGAGGAGUGGAAGGACGGGCGGACAUCUUCAUAAAGGCGCCUGUCCGUCGUCGAGCAGCGCCUCGAGCCAUUGCCCACUCACCCUGCCCUCGCCCGCCCGCCGCAAGCACCGUGGAUCGCUCCUUCCGUCGUCAGACUUGCACCUUCCGUGACAGCGACGCAAGAAGCACUCUAGCGCGCCUGCACCAUUGGCCGCAUCUGCCAGGGAUACGACCGAACCAAGUAGCUAAGGCUUCGUCGCAGCGACUACGCCGUCACCGCCUGCCGCCGCGAGCAUAUAGCCCGCCCGUGCCCCGGACGUCUGCCCGCCAACUCUGCCCCGAGCAUCGCGGCCGCAUUGCUACUCCUGCCCACUGCUCCCCGUCACCGCGAUCCUGGAUUCCCACGAGACGUCGCCGCCGCCCCUCUCGCACUCGCCCCGCGAAAGCACCGCCGCCAGCACUCCGCCAGCACGCGAGGUCGCGGUCGAGUUCCAGCCCGUGGCACCGCAAGCCGCACGAGCUGGUGGCCAGCCGCCUGCCCGGCCAGGACCUGCUGUUCGAGGACGCCGGCGACUGCACCCUCCCGCUGUUCUCCGACAGCCCGCCGCCCCACGGCCUGCUGCACGCCAUGGCCCAAAUCGCCUCCCCCAUCGACAUCCAGACGCCCCCGCGCUUCGGCUCCCACUCCCCGCAGAACCAGACGUCCAACCUGACUUCGGCCCUGCGCGAGGCCGAGGCCAACCGCGACCUGAGCGCCACCCCCCACCAGCACCACCAACAUGGCGGCCUCGACUUCUCGCGCGACGCCCGCCCGAGCAUGGGCGACCGCCAGAGCUCCAUGAGCAACAUGCUCGGCUCGUCCUUCUACGGCAGCGGCGCCCGCCCCAUCUCCAUGCGCGACCGCCCGCGCCGCGAGAGCCAGAACAUGGGCAGUCUUGGCGGCGGCAUGAGCUGGGGUGGCGUCUCUGUUGGCGGCGGGUCCUGGCUUCGUGAUGACAUCAUGAUGGCGGGUACUUCUCCUGCACCCUUCAACAACCAAUCGCCAUCCUACCACUCGUCGUCGUAUCUCCCCAAAAUGGAGGCUGCCUUUAUGAAAGACUUCACGUGCUGCGGCCUCACCCUGGCCUCGCUGCACGACCUGCUCCAGCAUUUUGAGGAGACGCACGCCAACGCGCCCGCCUCUCGCACCUCACAGCCCGCACAGAACGGCCUCCCCACCACAUCGGGCGCCCCGUCGAACUCAAUAGCGCCAGGCCAGACACAGGGCGAGCCCGCCAUGAACACGCAGCACGGCUUCCAUCCCCGCUCGGGAUCCAUAGGAGGCUCCCGCCAGCGCCUUGGCUCAGUCAGUCGAUCCAAUCUGUCGACCGUGCAGGACGUCGACUCGCUGGAGGACAUGGACAUGGAGAUGGACGGCAUGGACUUCGACACUCUUGCCCCUAUCGACGAGAUGCCCACCCAAUUCCCUGUCCAGCCGGCUCAGUUCAACCAGAGCCAGCAAUUGCCACAGCUGAACGUCAACCUCGCCAACACGAUGCAGCACCAGGGCCUGCGCACAUCGACACCCACCACCCCAUCAGCAUCGCAGCAGUUCGGCCUCCAGAACAACCCUACGGUCUCGUCCGUCAACACCCCCACCCUCGGUACAGUGUCGAUGCAAAAUACUCACAACCUGACUUCACCCGAGUCUUCGCAUCCCGGCACGCCAGCAGAACUGGACAUGGACUUCAACUUCAAUCCGAUGAUGGGCAUGGAUAUGGGCAUGGGUAUGAACAUGAACAUGAACAUGGGCUUCAACAACAACAACUUUGGCAUGUCUGGGUUUGACAACAACGGCACCAUCGACCAGCCAGGGAAGCGUCUUUUCAGCAAGCAGGGCGCCGGACUCACCCAAACACAACUUCAGGCAGCACUCAAGAACUACCAGCUUGGUGGAAACGACCAGAGCGAGCUUGCACGGAGAAUGCGAGAACAGCAGCUUCUGAAUGGGGCCAGCAUACCACAGUUUCCUUUCCCCGAGGAGGUCAAGCCAUUCAAGUGCCCAGUCAUUGGCUGUGAAAAGGCUUACAAGAACCAAAACGGUCUUAAGUACCACAAACAGCACGGCCAUCAGAACCAGCAACUCAAGGAGAACGAUGACGGUUCCUUCUCUAUUGUCGACCCUCUCACAUCCAUUCCCUACCCUGGGACUGUGGGUAUGGAGAAGGAGAAGCCAUAUCGUUGCGAGGUCUGUGGCAAACGCUACAAGAAUCUCAACGGCCUCAAGUAUCACCGCUCACACGCGCCACAUUGCAAUCCUGAGCUCGCGCUUCAAAAGCUUGGCCUUGCUGGCAAUCUUCCAAAUCUCCAGAACCUGCAGAAUGCAAACGUUGCAGGCGCUGGGAUGGGCGGGAUCGACCCAGCAUCGAUAUUUUAA